GGAGUCCUUGCAGGGGAGCAAAUCGACCUAAUAAUUGGUAGAUUAUGGAAGGAGGUAAUACUGGCAAAAUGAGGCUGAUCUGAGUCUGCAGGGAGUCAAUAAUAGUCUAUAUAUAGACGACUCAAUUACGAGAAUAGUCAGUCAGUUAUAUAGCUAUCUUCUAGUGAGUGAGAUUAAUCUCAUUGUAAAGGGCUUGCCCUCGGAGCUCUAUCAGCCAGUGUCUUUCUUUACUUUUAUGGAUCUUGUGGUAGUGGAUUUGGACAACGGAAAUGGAGCAGAACAUAGCUGUCUAGAAGAGAGUAUAAGUAUAGUUGAUGGAAUUGAAGUUCAAGAGCCAUAUGUGGGAAUGGAAUUUGACUCUGAAGAAACUGCCAGGAAAUUUUAUGUUGAAUAUGCUAGACGGGUAGGAUUUGUUGUACGCAUUAUGCAACGUCGACGUUCGGGAAUUGAUGGGAGGACUCUUGCUCGCCGACUUGGAUGUAACAAACAAGGAUUCUCCCCAAAUAACAAGGGAACGUUUGGGCCAGAGAAAAAGCCUAGACUAAGUGCCCGAGAAGGUUGCAAGGCAACAAUUUUGGUGAAAUUGGAAAAAUCUGGAAAAUGGGUUGUUACAAGAUUUAUAAAGGAUCACAACCAUCCUCUAAUUGCUACAGCUAAUGGGUUUAGCUCAGAGGGUGAUAAAGAUAAGAAGAUUGAAGAACUUACUGUGGAGUUAGAGCGCCAAGACCAACUAUGUGCUGCAUAUCGAGAAAAACUACUCAGCUUCAUAAACAAUGUUGAGGAACAAACAGAGGAACUGUCCACAAAAAUUCAACUCAUCAUUGAAAGUAUAAGGAGAGCUGAGUCAGAAAUGCAAAACUUUUCCCAGAACAGAAAGCCUUUGUGGUUAUCCAAAGUGUAUAAAUGAAUGAAUAUAGUAAAUAAUUUCACUACCUAUAUAGUACUCCAUUACUCAUUGGAAUCUGUUCUUUGCUCCUCCUUUAUCCUUAUCAAGAGGAUAGGGAAAGGAGAUGUGCAGUACCUAAAAGAAGCAGGCAGCUGUUAGGUUAUACAAGCAUUAUUGCAGGGAUUGGAACCGUUGGGCAUGAGCUUUUACCUAUCAUAUCACUGGAUCUUUCGAAAUGGUUCAAAAAUCUCUUCAACUUCAGUGUAGUAGCUGUAUAUCUUGCUAGGU